AUGGCCCUUCCAAAGCUCUGGGGCCUUUUCACCAAUAACGCAGACCAAGCUGACGUCGCCCAUCAUUCGCCCAUGCAACAGCGAGAGUCCUCGUCUCCUUCAGCGCGGGGACAAGAUUUGGAAGCGGGUCGCCCCAAUGACAUCCCCUCUUCUCCUGCCAGGAUGCAGCGGAAACAUACCACGACCGCAUGCCAAAUCUGUCGAGACAGCAAGAUCAAAUGCGACGGAGCUCGUCCAGCAUGCCUGACCUGCACCAAGAAGGGGAGACGUUGUCAGUAUUCCACCAAGGAUGACAAGCGCAAGGUGUCCCUGAGGACUGCAGUCGACGUAUUGUUUGCGCGGGUCGAGCGCUUGACCGAGUUGGCAGUGCAGAACAACCUCCCCCUGCCUCCUCUCACGCUGGCCGAUGAAUCCGUGCUCGAGCAAAUCUGCGCCAGCUUGGAACUGCCCUUGAGAUCAGUCCUCCCAUUUCCCCAGGCGCAGACCGAUCUCGCGCCUCUGCCGGGGUCCAACGAUGGGACGGAAAACGCCCAGUUCGCAGGUGGUGCACCCAUCGCUCAGGACGUUGCCUUCAAUGCUCUGCCGGUCGAAGGGCAGUCUGAUCCCUCGAUGGCCUUCGACAUGCAGAGCUGGGCAGAUUUCACCGCGUCGGAUCCCUGGGACGGGAGUCCGUCGGACUGGCCAUGGCAACUCUUCAACGAUUUUUCGGGCUUCUCCAUGGUAUAUCCUGCCACGAAUCGCGAGCCACUCAACGCUGGCCAAACUGCAGGGCAAGUGCAAAACAGGAACGUGAACUCGAACGACCAGCUUGGAUCGGACUCGACUUCGGAGGAUGAGCUCGAGACGGAUAUUGUGCCUCGCCUUGCUGCUCGCUUCGGAUCCUUGCGCGUCGGGGCAGAUGGGAGAGUGCGUUACUACGGGAGUGCUGCGAACCACCACUUCCUGGCCAACAGCACCCGCCGGGAAGAGAUGGUCGACGCGCAAGAAAUGAGGCGGGAAGCACUCAUCGCCCUGGAAAACGCCGAGUUGGACCUUGAAGUCCCCGAGGCUCUAGAAGCACACCUUCUCGACCUCUUCUUCAAAUGGCACAACCCGGGCCACCUGACGGUCGACCGGGCCAUGUUUGAAGCCGCCCGCACCGAAGGCAUUCACGGCCAAAGCACCUAUUGCUCUCAAGCUCUGAUAGCUGCCAUGUGUGCACUGGGUGCCGCGUUCGAAGGACGCUAUCAUCAUUCCUUCAUCACGUUCCCGAAAUCCUUGGCUGAAUACUUUGGCGACAAGAGCAAGGUGUUGCUGGAGCUGGAGCUUGACAGUCCCUGCAUGUCUACGUUGCAGACGAUGCUCUUACUGAGUAGCCACGAAGCCGCAGCUGGUCGAGAUGCGCGCCUGUGGUUGUACAGCGGGAGCGCUAUGAGGCUGUCUUUCGACCUUGGCCUCCAUAUCGACAGUGACCCGUACGUGGACCAGGGCUUAUUCACUGUUCAAGAGGCAGAGGCGCGCAGGACCUGCUUUUGGAGCUGUCUCGUGGUCAAUCAUAUCUGGAGCUUUAGCCUGGGGCGUCCGUUCCGAGUCGAUAGCGAGGAGCUUACGGUCAAACGGCUGGGAUCCACGCUCCUGUCGCACUCUGACUCGUUGGCCUUGUGGCCGACAACGUCGUCAACCGCAUCUCCACUAAGUCACACGUCGCAACGGCUCAAAAGCCUGUCUUGUCUCGUCUUGGAACAAUGGGUAUACUUUUGCGAAGAGCUCGCUCCUCUCAUCCGCGUACUAUACGGCUGUGCUAAAAUCUCGAAAAACGCCUUGCAAAACCUCUCCUCUCAGACGUCCAGCCGCUUUCUCAAGUGGCCAGAGUCCAUUCCCGAGGCCAUAAACAUCCAGCACGACCAACCGACUCUUCCACAAGUGCUUCUCCUUCACAUGGCUUACCACAACUUCUGCAUCCUCAUCCACCGGCCGUGGACGUCCAAAGGCUCGCAGCCGCCCGGGAAAAUCGGGCCUGGGUUCCAGCACGCACGGAGCGUAUGUCUCAACGCCGCGUCCGAGAUAGCGGCGCUGCUGCGAACCUACGAAUCCCACUACGGGUUCCGGACGAUGAACGUCUACGUCGUCACCAUCAUCUUCUCCGCGUCGCUGAUCCUGAUUUUCGGCUUGAUCGCCGAAGAAUCCUCAGAGCGCCAGCAACACCGCGGCGGCGGCGGUGGUGGUCUGGACGAAGCGUCCAAUUUCGCCAGGGACGUCAACACCUGCUUCAGGGCGCUGGACGAGCUAGGCCAGUCCUUCGAGUCUGCCAAGCGCAGCCGCGAGGACCUGAUCGCUCUGCAGAACCACUGGAAUCAGCGGCGGAGAGAGAUCAAGCUGGGCGCCAAACGGGGUCGUGCGGCGCAGGCUUCCCGGUUCGAUCACGCUUCGAAACGGUCGAGGAUGUUGGGGGGAGGCUCUGGCAGUAUCCCGAGCGACGCGCCCGGUUUAUAA